AUGUUGAUUCCCAUGCAUGACCGCCGUGAUAACCUCCUGCUGACGGUGGGUGACGCCAUCUCUUCUUUCCUGCAGAACCCUGAUCCCACUACUGCAGGCCAAUACAUGCUCUCCAUUGAGAACAAAAGCAAGGACCCUGCGUACCCUUGGACGCUGUCUGUACACACUGCUGGAAAACGUCAGCCGCCCCUACCCACCCCUGUCCGUCCGGGACAUGCUCCGUUGUGCUUUGCAAGGUUGGGGUGGUCAACAAAGCCCUUUGUCUGGAUGGUGUUUUCGCAAUCAGUGUGGCAUGGCUGGUUCUCGUCUGGUGGUUAUGCAAGAACGUCAACACUCUAG